GGGCAAGUGAAAAUCAAACGCACGCCGCGGCCGCUUCCAGUUGUGGUGCCGGCCAACUACACGAAAGCAAACGCUUCCGAUUAGUCUCUGAAUUCCGCCGCAGAGAAGCCUCGAAUCAAGAAAAAUGGUGAAGGCAAUCGCCGCCGCCGCCGGGCAAGGCCUUCCUCCGGACGUCACACAGUUGAUCGACCAGCUGGAGCGUCAUUGCUUGGCCCCAGAUGGCUCUCUCGUCUCCAAAUCAGCGUACUACGAUCUCCAACUCGCGAGAGAGGAAAUGUCCAGAGAGAGACUACGGUACCUGGAAGCCAUGGCAAUUUACAGCGAGGCCAUUGGGAUGGUAGAAGAGCAUCAGCAGGCCUUUUCAGUGGCUAACUUGGGAGGUAUUCGAGAUGUCCAGGGUCUAUAUCCACAACUUGGUUUGAAGAACCCUCCUCAGGUUUAUGAGACACUUGAGCACCGGCUUGUUGUUGCAGAAGCAGCUCAAAGAUUGAGGCUUCCAUUGAUUUCCAAAGAUGGUGAAAUUCAUGAGGAAGAAAUUGAAAAAUGGAGUAUAAUGUCAAGAAGCUCUCUUGAUAGCACAAGUACUAGUGUCACAAUUGGCUCAAGCUCAAACUCUACAAAUUACACAAACAUAACUGCCAUUAGCACUACCACUGGUUCAAACAAUGCACUUCCUAGCAGUUCUAACGAUGCGGCUGAACCUGGUGUUGGUGGUGUUCCUAAUAAAUACCUUGGAAUAACACCUGCUUAUUUAUGGCAAAGUCAGCUACAACAAGCACCGUUAUCCACGGACAUGGUUGAGUACCAAAAAUCACUAAUGCGAGAAAUUGAGAGUCGUUUAAAAGCUAAAUGCAAUAAGUUAGUGGAUGCCUGUGUAAUUGAUGACAUCGACACUUCAAAUGGAAAUCAAAAUUCAGCUGCUCGGCUUCCUGAAAGGGUAAAGUUGAUUAUUGAGGAAAUUGAGAGGGAAGAGGCAGCUCUGAGGGAAGAUCUAUAUUCUGCAGACCGAAAAUUUGCAGAAUAUUACAAUGUCUUAGAGCAGAUUCUUGGAGUGCUUAUCAAGCUUGUUAAAGAUUUGAAGUUGCAACAUCAACACAAAUAUGAUGAACUGCAAAAGACUUGGCUGUGCAAAAGGUGUGAGACCAUGAAUGCAAAACUGAGGGUUUUAGAGCAUAUUCUUCUGCUGGAAACUUAUACUCAGGAAUCAAUUCCAGCUCUACACAAAAUAAGGAAAUAUCUGGUUGAGGCUACUGAAGAAGCUUCACUUGCAUAUAACAAAGCGGUUACGCGCCUCCGUGAAUAUCAAGGUGUUGAUCCUCACUUUGAUACCAUUGCCAGGCAGUAUCAUGAUAUUGUAAAGAAAUUGGAAAAUAUGCAAUGGACGAUUCGCCAAGUUGAGAUGGACCUGAAGCGCCUGCCAGAUCACCGAAGCACGUGAAAAUUACAUCAUGGCUUUGGUUCUUUAUCUUCCCAACAACAUGUGUUUUGUUUUGUUGUGUCAUGGAAACGACUAGUCAAUUACCCACUGGAUUGCGAUUUGAUCUUUGUUUGUCACGACA